CCCCGCGCUUGCCGUGUCCUUCGGGCAUGUCGCGCCUUCCGGCUCGGAGGCUUGUGGCGGCGGUGAGGGGCUGGCGCGGCUUCCCAGUUUGUGAGUCAUGUGCUCUCCGAAGAUUUUCCAUCCAGCCUGCCCAGCAGAAGAUUCCAAGCCGAUAUCUGGGCCAGCCCAGCCCUUUCACACACCCACACCUUCUCAAACCAGGAGAGGUAACCCCAGGACUGUCACAAGUGGAAUAUGCGCUUCGCCGCCACAAGCUGAUGGCAUUGAUCCAGAAAGAGAGCCAGGCCUGGGAUGGCUUGGAACACACAGUGAUUCUGCUGGCCAACCCCACGUACUACAUGAGCAAUGACAUCCCCUAUGUUUUCCACCAGGACACUAACUUUCUGUACCUCUGUGGGUUCCAGGAGCCUGACAGCAUCCUGGUGCUGCAGAGCAUUCCUGGCAAGGCGCUGCCCUCCCACAAAUCCAUACUUUUUGUGCCCCGGAGAGAUCCAAGCAGAGAGCUCUGGGAUGGGCCCAGAUCAGGCACGGAUGGGGCAAUUGCUCUCACAGGAGUGGACGAAGCUUACACCAUCGAGGAGUUCAGGCACUUGGUGGCCAGGCUGAAAGGUGAGUCAAACGUUGUUUGGUAUGACAUGAGAAAACCAGUGCACACAGAGCUACACUCUGACUACAUGCAGCCACUGGCUGAGAUAAAAGCUAGGAGCAAAAACCAUAUCCAGGGCAUCCGACACCUAGUGCAAAACCUUCGGCUGAUCAAAUCUCCUGCGGAGAUUGAAAGGAUGAAGAUAGCUGGGCGAGUGACAGCAGAGGCUUUCAUAGAGACAAUGUUUGCAAGCAAAUCCCCGGUGGAUGAAGCCUUUCUGUAUGCAAAGUUUGAAUUUGAGUGCCGAGCUCGUGGUGCUGACAUCUUGGCGUACCCCCCUGUUGUUGCUGGUGGCAACAGAUCAAACACUUUGCACUAUGUGAAGAACAAUCAGCUCAUCAAGGAUGGUGAACUGGUCUUGCUAGAUGGUGGAUGUGAGUCUUCCUGCUACGUAAGUGACAUCACACGUACCUGGCCCGUCAAUGGAAGGUUCACCAAACCCCAAGCAGAGCUAUACCAGGCUGUCCUGGAUAUCCAGAAGUCCUGCCUGAGCCUCUGCUCCCCAGGCAUGAGUCUAGAAAAUAUCUACAGCCUCAUGCUGAGUCUUAUUGGACAGAAACUGAAAGACUUGGGGGUCCUAAAGAGCAGUGUCACUGACAGCCACUACUUCAAGGCUGUUCGAAAGUACUGCCCACAUCACGUAGGCCAUUACUUGGGCAUGGAUGUUCAUGACACGCCAGACAUGUCCCGAUCGCUCCCGCUCCAGCCAGGCAUGGUGAUAACCAUCGAACCAGGCAUCUAUAUCCCUGAGGAUGAUGUGAGUGCCCCGGAGAGGUUUCGCGGCAUUGGUGUGCGCAUCGAGGAUGAUGUUGUGAUAACUGAGGAUGCUCCUCUCGUCCUGUCUGCUGACUGUCCCAAGGAGAUCUACCACAUUGAGCAGAUCUGUGGUCGCAGCUCAUGAUGCUCCUUCUCUGCCUCUUUCGCCUUCCUUGGGAGACACAGCCCUCCGGGGAUGCAGAUCCUUGUAGCUGGCUGUGGCUGUCAAGAGGUGGAUGAUGUGGACAGUUGAUGGCUCCUUCCACAGCAGGGGCUGGGAGGUGGAAUGCCAAAGGCUUGGGUGCCCAGGGAUGAAAAAGUAAAGAAACCUUUUCUGUGUGAAUUUUCCUUCUGAUGUGAUUAGUGCUAAUGUUGAGCUGUUGCAGGAUAUGAAGAAGUGAAUUCAUCCCUCUGCUGUGCGGAUCCAUCUCUUCUGGUGCCUUUAGAGGGAUGAAUUUUGUCAGUCCCACCAGCAGGGCUUCUGUGUGGUCCUUCCCGGGACACAUAGGUGCAAGCACUGAAACCAGGGCCUGUUUUAAACCCUGGACACAACAGUCCCUUUUCACCACAGAUUUUAAAAAUGAAGCCUUGAUAAAUGCUGCUUGGGGGAAAGAAAGUCUCAUCAAACAGCUUUGAUUUUCACAGAGCUCUGAAAGGGAAGGGUUUUGGAAGUCAGAAAGAUGGGUUUGGUUGGGAGAUAGUUUUAACUGGAGCCUGUGGAGAAUGUUUUUAGUAUUUUAAGGAUAAAGAUAUGUUUGGACCUUGUUCAAACAUAUGCAAAAUAAGCCAGCAGCAGUGAAAAGCAUCUGUUGUGAUGUUUCAGUUUAUUGGAGUGCUUGGUAAUUUCAAAAAGGACAGAUAGAGCUCAGGAGGUCGGACAGACCCGUUCUUGCUGUCUUCCACAUUCCCUUCUUUUUUGUCCCAAGUGUCCGUUCCAGUCUCCUGCUCUCAACCUGUCUCUAUCCUGGGAAUCAGGGCUAUGUUGGUUGGCUCUGCUGGACCCCACUGGUCAGCUGCUAGUUGUGAGGUGCCUGAUUGUGGGACAGUCACAGCACUUUUCUGUUCUGUGCUGUAAGUGCCAGCAACUUCAGCGGUGUGUUUUUGACGAGUCUGCCCGGCGGCAAGUCUCAAGUCCAUGAUCAGAGCUGCCUUUUGGGUAUUGCCAAGUGUAGUCAGUAACUGGCACUCUGUGGUAAUGUUUUUGAGGGAGCUGCAAAUGUGAUAAGGAGCUAGGCAGGAUGAGGAAUUAAGAGAAGAGUUGUCUUCUCUCAACAUCGAUCUACCACCCAGGCCACUGUAUGCCAUAGUAAAUACACCUGUGGAGGCAAACAUGGUGUCUGUGUAUUUACUGACAAUAUUUUGACAAUCAGCUGUUUAACAUGUCUGAAAGAUGCCUCUCAUCAGUGCAUCUCCUUUUAUUUAUGCUUGCUGUUGCAACAUAUCCUACUUCCUUCCUGAUGGUAGCUUUCUGUAUUUUCUGUCUGUUAUUCUCAAUAAUCUUUCUUUUUCUCUUCUCAUAUCCUCUAUUACUGACCCACUAUAGUGUCACUGAUUUCUAAUCCAUUUUGCUUUCUAGGUAAUGUCACUGCCUCUUCCCCCUAGUUUGCCUUAAUUCUGCACAGUGGAUGUUGUCAGAAUCAUGUAGGGAAGGUUUGGCAGGGUUCCCAAGUUCAACCUCUGGCUCUGUUGCUGUGUUAACUUGUAGUGAAAUCUGCCCUUUUUUCUUUUUUUCCUUUUCUUCCUUUUCCCUUCUUUUCCAUGUUUCUUUUCACUUAAUGAAGGCCAAGUGAACAGUGUCUUUUAUCUCUCAUUGCUUUUAAUGGGAGCUGGCUUUAUGCACUGAGGUUCAGAUUUGGCACUUGAAUGGCAGCCAGGACAUGCCAUCAUUUUAUUUUUUAAACAUGACAAAAAGGAAAUGCUUUUACACAGUUCAGUGUAUCAAGUUUCACCUAUCUAGGAGAAUCUGCUAAACUUUGAUGGAGGCCUCUGUUAGAUGAGCAUGUUUACAGUGACAUGUACAGUGUGAAUUGUUAGAAGGAAGGCUUGGUAAGUGUGGGUGCAGAACUGAUGAAUACUUUUGGGGCUAUGAUCUGUUAACACAUUUGUUGUUCCAGUGACACCUGUCAGACCCAUGUCAAGUGGGACAAAUCCUGGAGUUUUGGACUAUGUAAGAAGCUUAAAAUCACAUUAACUUGAGAGUUACAUGUGUGUGCUGAU